AUGCGUAUAUUAGAAUUUUUAUUCCUGUUCUCGCUUAACGCGUUAUUCUACGCGUGUCUCGCGAAACCGGCCGAAAAAUUAUCGAAUCCUGGAUCUCUGAACCCUGUUCAGCUAAUGGAAGUGGUGUCAGUGGAUGCUGAUCGAAAUAGAGAGCAACGAUCACCACAGUUUGGACUUCUAGGAGAAGAUUACUCGGAUUAUUCGGAAGAAGAAGAAGAGCGAACUUUCGAUGUCCAUAGAAAACAUAAACACCAUAAACACAAACCAGAAGGUUUCCAUGGUCACCCUACUGGUCACUACGGAGGUUACCAACCUCCGGAGCACUAUUACCCACCGUCCACUGGGGGUGGAGGAUCCUUCGCCACAGCAUCCGCAGGAUCCAUCGACGCCCAUGGGAAACCACACGGUGGACAAAGUCACGCGAAUGCACAGAGCGCCAGUUUCAGCUUUGGACCAUACUCCGCGACGUUCAGCGUUGCUGAAGCCGCUUCCGGUAGCCAAAGAUACUGAAAUCGAAAGGUCGUAAAUCUACCCCUGACCGACUCUAAGAAGUGCCCGAUGUAAUUCCAUCGGUCGAACCUCGGCCAUCCGCAGGCCAUCCAUUGUUUACAAACAUUCUACGUCACUAGGUAUAAGUAAAUAGCCGGAACGGGCGUGGAAGAGAGGAAA